GACGUCACCUGUUGCCGGGUAAGCGGGGCCGGGCCGGGCCGGGCUGACGUCCGUGUCCGUGUCCGCCGAGGGAGGAGCCGGAGCCGGAUCCACAACUACAACAACAUGUCUGCGGGAGGUCGGUGGGACGGAGCGGGAGGGAAGCGGGGCCUGUUGCUUCUCCCGCUGUUCUGCCUUCUCCUCCUCGGCGGCGUUUGCGUGCAGGCCGUGCCGGAGGCCGGGUCGUGGAUCCAGACGGUGGGGCAGAGCCAUAAACCUCUCGUGUUUACAAAAACAAUGUUUAACAACACAAAUAUAGCACUUCAAGUUGUUUCAUUCAAGUGUACUGAAGAAGUAUUGCUAAUUGUUGAAUGGUACCUCAGAUAUUACCCCUGCCACAAUGAAUUUAAUAAUAUUGAAGAAAUAUUUGACACCCAAUUUUCUGGCAAUGGCAAUACGAAUAGUUUUGAGCCUCACCCAUUAAGCAAAGGACAAUAUAUUAAACACACCUCAGAAAAUAUUGUUUGUAAUGAAAAUACUCAGGUCUUCCCGAAAUUUAAUAUGAGCAAAAGUCUUCCAAAAUCAGUUGUAGUACAGACACCAGAUACAAAACAGAAUGUCGAAGAAAGCACUACUCUGGUCAAGACCACAAAGACUUUUCAUUUGUCGGGAGAUGCUAAGGCUGUUCGUUCCUUAUGGAAAAGAGAUGUUACAACAAAAAAGUAUGAUGUUGUGGCACAAACCUGGAGAGAUGGCCCAUAUCUAUUUAUCGUUUCCAUCAAACCUGUCGAAAUAAUUAAAAGCAACUGGAAUCUAACAGUGCUGGUGUUGAUGCAAGGAUCCCACGGAUUCAUCUCGGCAACUGAAUUUCCAUUGAUGAUUUUUUAUAUGAUAAUGUGCAUCAUAUAUAUACUUUACGGAAUAUUGUGGCUCAUCUGGUCUGCAUGUUAUUGGAAAGAUUUGUUGAGAAUCCAGUUCUGGAUCGCUGGAGUUAUUUUUCUUGGCAUGCUGGAAAAAGCUGUGUUCUAUGCAGAAUAUCAAAACACAAAUACUCGUGGAAUAUCUGUGCAAGGUCUCCUGGUCUUUGCAGAGGUAAUUUCUGCAGUGAAAAGAACAUUGGCUCGCCUCCUUGUGAUCAUUGUAAGCUUGGGAUAUGGAAUAGUUAAGCCUCGAUUGGGCACAGUCAUGCAUAGGGUGAUCGGACUGGGAGCCCUCUACCUUGUUUUUGCAGCCGUCGAAGGAGUCUUGAGAAUUACAGGGGAUCGGAGAAGCGUUCCCGUUUUGGUGGCUGAAAUAUUUUUAGCAGUGAUCGAUUCCUUUUUUGUGUGGUUCAUAUUUGUUAGCCUGGCUCAAACUAUUAAAAUGCUGAAAUUGAGGAAAAAUACAGUGAAGCUUUCACUGUACAGACAUUUUACCAACACAUUGAUAUUUGCCAUAAUAGCAUCAAUUGGAUUUAUGGCAUGGACAACCAAGAAGUUCAGAUUGACACCGUGUCAGUCAGAUUGGAUGGAGCUAUGGGUGGAUGAUGCUUUCUGGAGACUUCUCUUCUCUGUGAUUCUCUUAGUUAUAAUGUUCCUCUGGAGACCAUCGGCAAAUAAUCAGAGAUAUGCAUUUACCCCUCUUAUUGAUGACCCAGACGAUGAAGCGAAUGAGCUGAUUGGAGAAAACUUUGCCGAUGGAAUGAAGAAACGAACAUCCAACAUACGGGCUAAUGGAUUAACAAAACCGUCUUCCAAAUUGGAUGAAGAUUUGAAGUGGGUGGAAGACAACAUUCCUUCGAUAACAGAUGUUGCACUUCCCUUGUUGCUGGAUUCAGAUGAAGAAAUAAUGACGAUCAAAUAUGAAAUAUCCAAGAUGGAGUGAAGAGCAUAUUUUCCUGUCAAACUCAGUCUGGAGUGCUUGACCAAACCUCUGCACAGCAAACAGACAGGCCAGUGAAGGGAGACGUGACGCAGAUUACUGGAGUAAUCAAUGGGCCAGCGGAGAAGGCACCAAGUGUUCCUUUACUUCAUGUGCAAUGCUCACUCUUUAAUGUGAGACUGAGAUGGAAAAUUGUGCAAAGGGAAAUCCAACAUGAGGGAGUGUAAGCAAGCUUUGCUUCAAUUCUCUAUUGAAGUAAUCGGUGUCUUCAAUUUCCCCUUAUUCCUCCUUCCCUCUCCCUUCAUGUACUAGAGGGCUAUACGAUUUGGUGCAGAUGUGGAUUUUUUUUGUUAGGGAUAGUCCACAGUAUGAAAGUUUUAAUUUCAUACAUUUGCUCUGUGGGUACUAUCUAUUCCUAAGAGUAUUUAGAAACAUAGAAACAUAGAAAUUAGGUGCAGGAGUGGGCCUUUCGGCCCUUCGAGCUUGCACCGCCAUUCAAUAUGAUCAUGGCUGAUCAUCCAACUCAGUAUCCCGUACCUGCCUUCUCUCCAUACCCUCUGAUCCCCUUAGCCACAAGGGCCACAUCUAACUCCCUUAAAUAUAGCCAAUGAACUGGCCUCAACUACCCUCUGUGGCAGAGAGUUCCAGAGAUUCACCACUCUCUGUGUGAAAAAAGUUCUCCUCAUCUCGGUUUUAAAGGAUUUCCCCCUUAUCCUUAAGCUGUGACCCCUUGUCCUGCACAAUAUACUGUAGGAAUAAAUUCUAAAUACAGUUUCCUUUAUUUUAGUCGUAGACAUUAUAUUAUGGUUUAAUGCACAUUGCUGUUGGAACACUGGAAUCUUUUAUUUUUGUAAACAAAAAGUUUUUGACCACCUCACAAGAGAUGACUGACUUUAGACUCUGCACCUGAAAAGUGAAUCUCUGUAUUAUAUUGACUAUACAUUCCAUUUAAUACAGUGGUCAUCUGAAAAUAAUUGUGUCAUGAAUAUCCAAGUUCGUCUUUCAGUUAUUGAGAGAGCCAGAUCCCUUAAGUGAUGUUUGUAAAAAAAUAUUUUGUGUAUUAUGAUUGAUGACAUUGUACCUUAUAUGUUUUUCUUUAAGUUAUCAAAUUUCUUUCUGGAACAUUCAUUUGAAGGAUCAGUGUAUAUAUUAAAAAAUGCUAUUGGGUGCUAUGAUACUGGAUUCACCAGACUUUACUGAGCAAAUUAGGUGGUUGGUUCAUCUGGUGGCCUUGUGCACAUGUUGCUCUUGCAGGAGUAGCAGCAGUAUAGCACUUGUCAGUUUGCUUUUUGGUGCCUUCCAAACUAAGAUAAUUAAAAGUAUAUAUAUUUUAAUGUC